GCUUUGGUGUGGAUUUGUAUUGUGUUUUCGCGGUUUGAACUGUCACGUGACUCAGGAUGUACACAGCCCGUGUUGUGCACUUGUCUUGGGAUCAGGAGUAGUUUGGCAUUAAGCAGCUUGUUGUCAGUAAAGUUUGAAAGAGGAAAUGGAGGGACUGCUGCUUGAGUACGAAACAGAAAUGUUUCUGAGCCUCUUCAGUACAGAUGGCUUACUGAUCGCGGCUGAAGGACUUGGUAUCGACCGCAUUUUGUUACACUUUAUGAGGAUUUAUUCAGAGGAAGGAAGUCUGGUGCUGCUGCUCAACACAACGGCACCUGAACAGGAGUUUUUCACAGAGCAGCUGAGAGCUGAAGGAGUGAAUCAUCUUCCCCAGAUUAUAAACAGUGAUACACAGAACACUGAACGUUACCAUGUGUACACACAGGGGGGAGUGUUGUUUGUGACCAGCCGCAUCCUGGUAGUGGAUUUCCUCACAGACAGAAUUCCUGCUCACCUCAUCUCAGGAAUCCUCGUCUACCGGGCCCAUAAGAUCAUUGAGUCGUGUCAAGAGGCCUUUAUCUUGAGACUGUACAGACAGAAGAACAAGACUGGCUUCAUCAAAGCUUUCACAGACAAGGCCACGGCUUUCUCUACUGGCUUCUGUCAAGUUGAGCGAGUUAUGAGGAAUCUCUUUGUGAAGAAGCUCUUUCUUUGGCCAAGGUUCCAAGCCUCAGUGAACACUGUACUGGACAGACACAGACCUGAUGUGGUGGAGCUGCACGUGAAUUUGACUCCAGCCAUGAGAGCCAUCCAGAGCUCCAUUCUGGACAUCAUGAACGCCUGUUUGAAGGAGCUCAAGCGUUACAACCCGAGUCUGGAGGCAGAAGACCUCUCGCUGGAGAAUACACUGGGCAGUGCCUUUGAGAAAACCAUUCGCCAUUACCUAGAUCCCUUGUGGCAUCAGCUGGGCACUAAGACCAAAUCUUUAGUGCAGGACCUGAAGAUCUUACGAACUCUGUUGCUGUACCUCACACAGUACGACUGUGUUACCUUCCUCAACCUGCUGGAGUCCCUGCGUUCUAGCCAGAAAAACUUUGGCAGCAAUUCAGGAUGGCUGUUUCUAGACUCCAGCACAUCGAUGUUUGUGAAUGCUCGUAGUCGUGUGUAUCGUGUUCCUGAGUCAAACAAGAAACUCAAAGUUGGUGAUGUGGAAGAAAAACCAAAUGCCUCUGCACCUUUAAAAAGAGAGCUUGUGCUUGAAAAGAAUCCAAAAUGGGAGGCUUUGUCUGAGGUGCUGCAGGAGAUUGAAAAGGAAAUGAGCAACUCUGAGCACGAACCAGGCCGGGUGUUGAUAUGCGCGAGUGACGAUAGGACCUGUGCUCAGCUGAAGGAGUACAUCCAGAAAGGUGCUGAGUCGCUGCUCCUCCGCCUUUACUCACGUACUAUCGGUAAAGAUGAUCGUCUACUGGUGUCUGAGAAGACCAAACAAGGUAACAGCUGGCCCAGGAAAGGUGUAAGAAAGGAGCCCAAGGGCAAGAAGCCCCAAGCCAAAAAUACCAAACUCGGCCCAAAGAAACAGCGAGGCUCACUGACACUCACCCAAAUGGUAGAGCAGCGGAAAGAAGCCGAGCUGGAACAGAUGGGCAACAGUGCAGAUGAGCGAGAACAGGAGGAAAAGCAGGAUGUGAACGAUGAUGUUCUUUUUAAUCUUACUUCAGACUCCUACUAUGGUGUUCUUCAAGAACCCAUGACGGUCAUUCAUCCGCUCAAAGGAUGCUCGGAUCCAUACAGUCUUACGAGGGUGUUAAAAGAGGUUGAGCCCAUGUUUGUGGUGCUGUAUGAUGCUGAGCUCAGCUUUGUGCGCCAGCUGGAGGUUUACAAAGCCGCCAGGCCAGGCAAACCUCUCCGGGUGUAUUUUCUUAUUUACGGUGGUUCCACAGAGGAGCAGAGGUAUCUCACUGCCCUGCGUAAAGAGAAACAAGCAUUUGAACAGCUGAUAAGAGACAAGGCAAGCAUGGUUGUUCCAGAAGAGAGAGAAGGCAGAGGAGACACAAACCUGGACCUGGAUCGUAGUCAGGAACCUGCUCACGCUGCUGCAGACACUCGCAAAGCAGGUGGACAAGAGGUAGUCAAAGAGCCCUCCCGAGUCAUCGUAGACAUGCGGGAGUUUCGCAGCGAGCUUCCUUCGCUUCUGCACCGGCGUGGGCUCGACAUUGAGCCUGUCACCCUGGAGGUGGGAGACUACAUCCUGACUCCUGAAAUCUGCGUGGAACGCAAGAGUGUGAGUGACCUGAUAGGCUCGCUGCAGAGCGGCCGUUUAUACACUCAGUGCCUCGCCAUGAACCGCUUCUACCGCCGGCCCGUGCUGCUCAUUGAAUUCGACCCGGCCAAGCCGUUCUCGCUAAUAGGCCGUAACGAGCUGCGACAGGAGAUCUCAGCCAACGACAUCACCUCCAAACUGACCCUGCUGACUCUCCAUUUCCCCCGGCUGAGGCUGCUCUGGUGCCCAUCGCCCCAUGCCACCGGACAGCUCUUUCAGGAACUCAAACAUGCUCGGCCUGAGCCUGAUGCCCUCACUGCCCAAGCCAUUACAGCAGAGUCAGAGACGGUGGAAGAUUCAGUAGACCUGUACAACCCAGGACCUUAUGACUUCCUGCUCCGUAUGCCUGGAGUGAACGUUAAAAAUGUACGGGGACUCAUUAAACAUGCUGCCAGCCUGGCUGAGCUCCUCACUCUGAGCCAGGAAAAGCUGAGUGAGAUUUUGGGCAGUGUGAGUAAUGCCAGGCAGCUCCAUGAAUUCUUACACAAUACCAUGGAUGUAGCUUCAGUUCAGAAGAACAGACAAAUGAAGUAACAGUAUUCAAACAAGAUUAGCAGAAUUGGACAUCUAAUAUAUAAUGCAUUUAUGUGAUAUUAAAUGUGCCUCGUGUAUAUUUAAAUAGGAUUUUAGAUUUUUACUGUCAAACAUCAUAAUGUACAGUCUAUGAAUUUUCAACUGUUUAUAUUUAAGUAUUUAAGGAGUUUGUAAAGUAAAAUAACUUUUUUUUAAACUUUAGCCUACAUUAAAAUCAUUUGAGAGAGAAAGUCAUGUGGGUGU